AUGGGCGGAACAGCCAUCUAUACGGCCAGGAUUAUGAGGCGCUAUGCGAGUAAAGCUCAACAAGUUGUGCUUGCCGCCGCCGUAUUUGACAGGCACAACCGGAUUCUCGUCAACCCUGACGGCCUAGUACCUACCGAGAAGAUCACCGACACGUUCCUGGAGAAGAACGCGAGCGACAACUUCAGCAUAUCCCACCCUCUUUUUCUGUGGAUGUUUCAAGCAUCCAGGAACUGGUCAGGUAUUUCGACGUUGGUUGGUGGAAUGAUGAACCACCUUGCGCACCUUCCUCGUCGAGGCCGGGACCGCGACUCUCGAGCUGGUAUCCAGCUAAUCAACGAGCACGGCGAGCUGAUUGAGAAUUAUGACGUGAUUUUUCGGGAGCUCUUUUGCGUUGCCGCCGCCGGCCUGGCUGAGAAGAUGAAGGAACACAUAACCUCCGCCGGUCUUCUGUGGGAUGAAAUUCUGCCAACCGGGGCAGGAGGGGAGCGUCCGGGACUGGAAGCGGAUCCGUCUCAAGAACCCGAUACGAUCUUGAACCCCGACGGAACAGCCCGCAAGGUUGAAGCAUCUGGCAGGGCCGAAGACCUCGCUGAGAAAGGUCUCAGACGUCGUCGGCCUCACGAAUUUGGUCGCGGUUCGCUUAUGUUCUUGGUACGCCGGGUCCAUACCGACCGAGAAAUCGAAAGACUCGAGGCAGCUGGCUAUCGCUUCGCUGAACUGCGACAGGUCGGUAAUAUUAUCGGUUCCAGCAUGCAGAUCAAGUCACAAGAUCUCGAAUCAAAACUGCGUAACAUGGCUGCUUAUGCAGAUGACAACAGCCAACUCGAACCUGGCGUACACGUGAGCUUCUUUGGCAUUCGCGCUCGUGUCGGUGGUUAUGGGUUCGAUGUUUUGGUGCGCAAAGGUGCCCGGAACUUGCUUCCCAGCGUACACAUGCCCAUUGAUCGUAUCGAGCCGUGGCAGGUGGAUUUGCUCCGCCAGGUUGACCGCUUAACACCGCUCGGUGUCAGCAGACGGUUGGCAUCAUUGAGUAGUCUGGGCGCCAGAGAGAUUCUCUUCGCACAACAGCUGACAGACAGUAUCGACGCGCUUCGAACGUGGAUGAACGACUCGAUAUUUAACGAGGCGAUUUUGACAAGCACUGUGGUCAAUCUUCCAGGAAACAAGGUGGAGGGGUCUCCGUCUCAGCCAACAAGCCUCGUCACCUUUCGCUUGGUGAUCCCAAUCCACGUCAACGUAUCCAGUAGCAAAUGCGAGUUCGUACCGCUGAAUUUCUUCAAAGUCCACCAGCUCGUUGGUCGCGACGCGUCUCGGCAUCUUGCAUUUACCCAAUCAGUUCAUCGCGAGAUGGCACCCGUCAUCCAGUCCGUCCCAUUGGAAAAGCCCAGGCCUACAGUGCAGAGCAAGCGACAGUCUCGUCUGCCGUCCGCCCUGCGCAGGCUUGGACGGCUUGGGCAAUCAUACCCCGUCGACUCUGAAGGGAACCCGAUACCUACGGUGCUGAAUCGAUCAUCGUCGGCAACGAAUUCGCAUGGAUCGAGUUCGACGCUUAAGCUGUGGCCAGGACGCCGCAGCAGCGACGCCCUGUCACCAGGGGGCGGAAGCUUCGAUGCGCCCCCGGCAUACCCAACCCAUGAAGCCGCAAUUCAGUCUUCGCCGUUUGGCGGUAUAGUAAGUUGA